UUGUGAGUGUAUUUUAAUGUACACACGCUGACGAAAAAUUGUGUUUCCUUCGGGAUUUCGCUGAGUAAAAGCCCUCCAUUUGAUAUUACUGCGCUUUAAAUAUUCGCAUUCGUGAGCCAUGGAGACGCUCCUGGAGCAGCAGCGUCGCCUACACGAGGAGCGUGAGCGCCUGGUCAAACUGAUGGUGGACGAGCAUGCGACCAAAAAGCCGGGCGAAAAGGAGCGCAUCCAUUCGGAGCACCGGCUGAAGUACCUAAUGGAACUGCACCACAACUCUACAUCCCAGCUACGCGAUCUCUACGAGGACAAGGACAAUGAGCGAAAGGCGGAGAUUGCCGCCCUUUCGGGACCCAACGAGUUUAAUGAGUUCUACGCCCGCCUGAAGCAAAUCAAGCAGUUCUACAAGUCCCAUCCGGCGGAGGUCAGCGUGCCGCUGUCUGUCGAGUUCGACGAGAUGAUUCGGGUGUACAACAAUCCGGACGACAUGAGUGCCCUGGUGGAGUUCACUGACGAGGAGGGCGGCGGUCGCUAUCUGGACCUCAACGAGUGCUACGAGCUGUACCUCAACUUGCGGUCGGUGGAGAAACUGGACUAUAUCACUUACCUUAUGUCCUUUGACCACGUCUUCGAUAUUCCGAGAGAGCGCAAGAACCGCGAGUACCGCAGGUACAUAGAGACCCUCAACGACUACCUGCACCACUUCAUCCUGCGAAUCCAGCCCUUGCUCGACCUGGAGGGGGAGCUGCUAAAGGUGGAACUUGACUUCCAGCGCCAAUGGCUGAUGGGCACAUUUCCGGGUUUUUCGAUUAAGGAAACUGAGUCGGCGCUGGCCAACACCGGCGCACACCUUGAUCUAUCCGCCUUCUCCAGCUGGGAGGAGCUGGCCUCGCUGGGACUGGAUCGUCUGAAGUCGGCUUUGGUGGCUCUGGGUCUUAAGUGCGGCGGCACCCUGGAGGAGCGAGCACAGCGUUUAUUCUCUACCAAAGGUAAAAGCACUUUGGAUCCCGCACUGAUGGCCAAGAAGCCCAGCGCAAAGACAGCUAGUGCGCAGUCACGGGAGCACGAACGCCACAAGGAGAUUGCACAGCUAGAGGCGCUGCUCUACAAAUACGCGGAGCUGUUGUCUGAGCAGAGAGCGGCUACCAAGGAGAAUGUGCAGAGAAAACAGGCUCGGACCGGUGGCGAGCGAGACGAUAGCGAUGUGGAGGCCAGCGAGUCGGACAACGAAGAUGAUCCCGACGCGGACGACGUUCCGUACAAUCCCAAGAACUUGCCGCUCGGAUGGGACGGUAAACCGAUCCCCUACUGGUUGUAUAAACUGCAUGGCCUGAAUAUCAGCUAUAAUUGCGAGAUAUGCGGAAACUUCACCUACAAGGGUCCUAAAGCUUUUCAACGGCACUUCGCCGAGUGGCGCCAUGCGCACGGCAUGCGUUGCCUCGGCAUUCCGAACACUGCCCAUUUCGCCAAUGUCACCCAGAUCGAGGACGCAAUCACGUUGUGGGAGAAACUCAAGUCGCAAAAGCAGAGCGAGCGCUGGAUAGCCGAUCAGGAGGAAGAGUUCGAGGACUCGCUGGGAAACGUUGUCAACCGAAAGACGUUCGAGGAUCUAAAACGCCAGGGUCUACUUUAGAAGACACACCUAUAGUCGCUUGAGUACCGGUCAAUUCUAUGUGAGGCUUUCUCUAAAGCCUCAACAGUCUUUAUAAUUCAAAAUGGAAUGACACUAAAAUUGGUUUUAUUUAAAGAAUCUAAUGUUAAGCCAUAAAACCAUUGGGCGUGCUUUUUAUUCAUUAAAGAAAGACCAUGGAUCAGAGAACGAUUCAUGAUUAGAA